AUGGACUCUUCCAAGCGUUUCAACGUUCGCAUGGGUAAGAAGAAGACUCAGACGAUCCAUGCGAAUCCUGGUGAUUCCUCAGGCGACCACACCGAGCAUGAUUCGAAUUCUCAACCAGCUAGGAUGGCUCACAGACAUGAUCAGGAGACACCUUUGCCUCCCAUCCCCAACGACCCAGCUAAUCUCCAGCCCAUUACCACGACUGGAGCCGGCGGUGCCAGAGCUACUUAUACGCAGAACCAGACACAAUCUCCGGUACACGCUUCGUCUUCCAACGGACCUACCUACGCCAAGGACAGUUCUCACCGUGACCGUCUGCGUACGACACCAGCUUUGACCUCGAGUCCCGUCGAACAUUCAAGAACCACACAGGACAAUUCCACGAACGCCAUGCCCGUUCCCGCGACACACGCUUCUCAGUCGCCACCCCUCACUCACCAAAAAUCCAAAGGCCUAAUUAGCCGCCUAGGCACGAAAUUGCGCCCCUCCACCACCGAGUCUGCAACCGCCAACGCCCCGACCGCCUUCCAUAACCCGUUCUCUUCCCACUCUCAUUCCGGACCCGAUACACAUGACCCAAACUCAAAUCCAAACGUCGCUGUGAAGCGCAAACCCACACGAACUCGCAUCCUCCACGCGCCACCCCUUGACAACGCAUUCACACCGGAAGCUCGUGCUGCUGCUUUACGUGCGAGAGGCUUGAUUCCGCAGAAACCGCUCUCGAAACUUGAGGAGGAUGAGAAUCGACGGUUGGCGAUUUUGAAGCCUCGGGAGGGUGCUGGAGGCACGGGUGAAGGUGGCGACUCCGAGGCCAGGAAGAUGGCGGAGAUGUGGAGGGCGAGGAACAGUCUGAGUGGGUCUGAAGGGGCUGGGUCGGGCGGUGGCGAAGGUGGACAGGCAGACGAUCAAGGCAAGGAACCGUCAUUGAAAGCCGCUCCCGCCCCGUCCUUGAAGGACACCGCCAGUGUUGACGUUCCCACGCCACCUCCUGCUGUCCCAGAGAAGUCCAAGGCUCGCAGUACUACCGCACCCACACCCACAUCUCCAUCUAGUUCCCCAAAGUCAAAGCGGACACCCCCUAUCCCUCCCACGCCUACCGCUGCCGUCACUCAAAUUGAGACACUGCGGGCACGAUCAAGCUCUAGCACCGACAGCACGCAGAAAGUUACGCAGUGGUUACAGUAUCAUGGGUCUACCGGCACUACUACGCCCACACGAUCAAAAAGCCAGACUCUGGAACCAAUACAACCUCUCCCAACGACGUCAUCUUCCUCGUUGAGGACAGCGACGCCCGGUGCUAUCACCCCCAAUCCCCGCGACACCACCAAAUCUUCUGUUCCUAAAUCAUCACUGGCCACGCCUCCACAAAGUCCGACAUCUACGCACCUGCAGCCGCCCUCUCGUUCAUCUUCGCGUCGUGAGCCUGGCUCUCCCAGAGCUCGGAAGGCCUCUCUCCCUACGCCUGCUUCGUCGCCUUCCGGGCCUCUACCGCCUGUUCCUACAACUAUCUCUCCCUCCAAUUCUACCUCUCCUAUCGCACAAUUCUUUACCUCUUCGGAUACACUCAACCUCACCCUCACAGGCGUUGGCGGCCCAGGUACCUCGCCCGACGACUCCGAACAUGCGCUCUCUGGAUCUUAUUCGAGCCAGACGAUGCCCUCGCUCGUCGAGUCCACGCCGUCUAACGUUUCGCAUGUCUCGCGUAUCUCGCAGAGCACAACAAACUCGAGUAUGCCUGCGACGCCGUCGAUAGGCGCCCCGAGUCUUAGCUUCCACGGUCAUUCCACCAAUCCGACCUCUGGAUCAGGCUUGGGCGCAUCUCUUUCGAAAAAGCCCACUGACCGGAGCAGCAGCCAGUCGCCGAGUCGGAAGGGUAGAGGAACUGCUGGACCUGUUAUUGUUGAAGGCUCGGAGACUCCUCCUCUGGAUCUUGGUAUGAACGAGAAGAUCGAUCGCGUCCUUGAGGCUUCGGACCAGUGUAUCCUCGAAGACCAAGAAUUCGGCAUUUUAGCACCUCCACCACCUCCUUUGCCGACUACUACUACUCCUUCCGCCACCAACGAAUCGUCUACGUCACUCCGUCUUGCACCGCCUUCGGACUCUGCUGAUCGCCCAAAAUCAUUCGGUAUCUUCUCGUCGUCCACGAAGGAGCGUACCGGGAUUCCUCCCUCGACUUCGGACCCUCAGACUCGCAAGAUGAGCAAAUAG